AUGAAACGGGCGCAAUUAUUAUUUUGCUACUACAUGUUCUUGGAAGAUUUUUUUGAUUUCGUAAUUCUAUCUUUUUUCGAACAGAAGGUGGCAGCGAUGAUCGGAUUGAUGGGCUUAGCGUCAGGUGGCCAGUGUUUCUCGGUCGUUGAACUCACUUAUCUCAAUGCUGCAGAUGAACUUCCAAUUUAUGACUGGAUAAUUUCGGCUCUGCAAAUUGUUUAUAAUGCGAAUUUUUUGCCCCUCAUCCCUCGGAUCCCUUGA